UGAGAUGUGACCAUCACUGGACUGAGAUGUGACCAUCACUGGACUGAGAUGUGACCAUCACUGGACUAAGAGAGGCUACUUUACUUCAACCUAUGUUUUAUAAAAGCAGAAACAAGAGACUUUUAAGGAGAGAUUUUGGAUACUCUACCCACCUCUGUCUCCAAGUGUGUGUCUUCUUUACUGAGAUGAUCAGUUCAAUGGAGAAAAAGCGCUCUGAAGUGAUAGAGCUGAUCAGAGCUCAGGAGAAGGCUGAACUGAAUCAAGCUGAACGACUCCUGAAGCAACUGGAGCUGGAGAACACUGAUCUUAAAAGGAGAGUCACUGAGCUGGAGCAGCUUUUCAAGUCAGUGCAACAACACACACACGAUCACAAGCACUUCCUCCAGGGUUUCCGGUCUCUCUGUGUCUCUUCUGAUCAUGAGGAUUCACCCAGCAUCACUGUCCAUCAUCAUCUCUCAUUUGAUGGAGUGAGGAAUUCUCUCUCAGAUCUGAAAAAGCGAUUCAAGGAAUUCUGUAAGGAGGAAUUCAACAAAAUCCCUCCACAUGUCUCCACAGCUGCAGCAGUUCAGAAGAUUUCACUCUCAGAGCCUAAGGGCAGAGAAGAUUUUCUGGAAUAUUUCUGUUAUCUGACUCUGGAUCCAAACACGGCACAUAAUCUCCUCCGUCUGUCUGAGAAGAACAGAGUGGUGAGAUGGAGUAUGGGAAAGCCGUACUCUGAUCAUCCAGAGAGAUUUGACUCCUGUUAUCAGGUGUUGUGUAAGGAGAAUGUGUGUGGAUGCUGUUACUGGGAGGUGAAGUGGAGUGGGGUUGUGUACAUCUCAGUCUCGUAUAAAGAGAUCAGGAGGAAAGGAGAGGGUAAAGAGUGUGGAUUUGGACACAACAGUCAGUCCUGGAGUCUGUUCCUUCCAUCUUCCUCUCUUCCUCUCUUUCUUUCUUUCUCUCUUUCUUUCUUUCUUUCUUUCUAUCACAACAUUGAAUCUGAGCUCAGAGUUCCAUCAUCCUCCAGAAUAGAAGUGUAUGUGAAUCACAGUGCAGGAAGUCUGUCCUUCUACAGUGUCUCUGACACGAUGGGGCUCAUCAACAGAGUCCACACCACAUUCACUCAGCCUCUGUAUGCUGGGUUUGGUUUUUAUGCAGGAACUGUGUGGUUGUGUGACCCACAAUAACACAAAAUAUAAAAUUACUGCUCUUUUCCUCAUUGUUACUCAAAUGUGAUGAAACUUUGAAACCUUUAUGCAGUAAAUAUUAAAACAAUGGGUUUAGACUCGGUUCGUCAGCUACACUGUUAUACACAAUAAAACUAUUAAAAAGGUGAACACUUUCUUUACCUCUGCUGUGUGUAAAUUAAAGUGUAUUGACUCUAUGAUUUAAAAGCAUAACACAAAGUUUGAAUCAUUUUAGAGGCAUUACUUCUAAAAAAAAAAAGGGUUUUAAUUAAAUUGACAAUUAAUUGAUAUUUA